AGUUAAAGAAAAGCUGCCACAGUGUGUUGCUGCGCACGCUACAAUCUUUGGUUUGAAUUUUUGGACACACGUUUUUUCGGGAUAUAAAUUGGAUGCGAGACGCGUCGAGUUACAUAACAACGGGACGUAACAAUUAGAAAUUUAUUUUUAGAAGAGUUAUAUUCUGGCUGCUCCGCUAGCUUAGUGUUCCUGCUAGUUACUUUUGUGUUGUGUUGUGAAAUUAGAUCGGUGUUUUUAAUAGUGGAAUUGACCGAAUUACUGGAUAUCGAGGAGGUUUUCGGCUGGUCUCCGCGUAUGUUAUUUAUCAUCAUAAUGAAGUGAACUGGAAAAGCUACGGUGGUCAACAGAGAAAGAACAAUGUUGUCGGCGGGGCUUGGAUAUUCUUCGGCUCCUCCAGGAACAACAGCUCCUUACAGUCCACCUCCAGCAGCUAGACACAGCCCCCUUCCCAGUUUUGGAUUCACCCAGGAACAAGUUGCCUGCGUAUGUGAGGUCCUCCAACAAGCUGGCAACGUUGAACGUCUUGGUCGAUUCCUCUGGUCCCUUCCUGCCUGUGAUAAAUUACAUAAUAAUGAAUCCGUACUCAAAGCCAAGGCCAUCGUCGCUUUCCACAGAGGAAAUUUCAAAGAUCUUUACAAGAUACUCGAAAACCAUCAGUUCAGUCCACAUAACCAUUCCAAACUCCAAGCCCUUUGGCUUAAAGCACACUACAUAGAAGCUGAAGGAUUAAGGGGUAGGCCAUUAGGAGCGGUAGGAAAAUAUAGAGUAAGAAGAAAAUUUCCCCUUCCCCGAACAAUAUGGGAUGGAGAAGAAACAAGUUACUGCUUCAAAGAAAAAUCCAGGAGCGUACUUCGAGAAUGGUAUAAUCACAAUCCCUAUCCUAGUCCUAGAGAAAAGAGAGAACUAUCCGAUGCAACAGGUUUAACGACAACACAAGUUUCGAAUUGGUUCAAGAACAGAAGACAAAGAGAUAGGGCGGCAGAACAAAAAGACAGUAACCAAACAAAUUCCGACAAACCUCAUUUAGACUCGAGUGGCUCAGACAGUGAGGGCGACAACCAGCACAAACUCAGCUCCUUUGCACCAACAGGAGUUGUAGGCACUGCCUCAGCACAGAUGAGCGCCUACGCCGCAGGAUUGGGUUCCUCGAUCGGUCAACCCCUUUACCAACCCCCAGGAGCCCUUUUGCACGACUAUCAAGCCUUGUGACAAUGGUUGUGUGCGAAUCAAGAUCAUCAAUAGUGAUAGUUGGCUAAGUUCAGACAAAUCUGUGGAUUUUCUAAGAAAUAUCUCGUCCUUACUUCUUAAAGUAUGAAACUAUUCGAGCGGUCAAAAGUGAUUUUCAACAACUGAACCAAUGAAAGGAUCAGUUGCUGAAGAAAUUUUUCUCAUUAUUGGUCAAAAGAAAUUCGAGGUGAUAUGCUUGAAUUUUAAUCUCACUUCAUCGAAUAAAGAAGUUCAAAUGAGAAAAGCAUGGUUAGACGUUUAAAACAUUGCCCAGAACAAAGAUACAUAGCAAUCAUCAUGUGACAUCACUUCCUUGUCGAACUUUGCUCGGUUGUUUAGGCCGUAUAACGGACGGAAUUAAGAAACUUUUUCUAAGCCUGGAAAUAUUAGAAAAAACUGGAAACGUUUUGUUUUUAUUCUAUCUGUACCUUUCGGUCGCCCUAAGGGAGAGCGCCCACCAAAGUAGCGUAGCACUGACAUGGCACAUACAUGACAAAGGCGAUGCAAAGUAAUAAGUGUAACUUUACUCAGAUGUGCGAUAUCUGAA